CAAUGGACGUCAUUUAAGCGCAGACUCCUGACUCGAGUUGCGUCCUCCGCUUCUGUGACUUGUUAUUAACUAUUCCUCUUGCUAUUAACCGUCAUGAACGCGCUUUGAUUCGAAGAGGGGAUCGGCUAUUAUGAGCUCAGGAGAAGGGACGACAGCACUGUGAUCAGGAGAAACUUUUCAAUUCUCCAACAUCUGCAUUUUUUUAGAUGAAGAGCACCGGGGAUCUAACCAGCUGAUGGAUUAUCGUUCCGUGGCGCAUCUCUGAUCUCCUGGGCAAGGGAGACUCGUGUUUUUCAGGGGACUUAUCUGUCUAUAAUUCUAUAUUUUCAAAGAUUUUUGCUGGCUCCGAGUCCCUUUGCACGCCUCCUUCUCCUAGAAAAAUUCUUGUCUUAAAUCGCUGCAACACUCUUUUCAGAUGUUAGUGCACAGUUUCUCGGCCAUGGAUCGCCAUGACGGCACCAGUAACGGGACAGCCAGGCUACCUCAGCUGGGAGGAGUGGGCCAGAGUCCGUACACCAGCGCACCGCCGCUCUCCCACACGCCCAACUCGGACUUCCAGCCCCCGUACUUCCCUCCACCCUACCAGCCCAUCUACCCGCAGUCUCAGGACCCUUACUCGCACGUCAACGACCCGUACUCCAUCAACUCCCUUCACGCCCAGCCGCAGCCGCAGCACCCGGGAUGGCCCGGCCAGAGGCAGAGUCAGGACGGCGGACUGCUGCACCAGCACCGCAGCUUGCCCCACCAGCUGUGCCGGGAGUACCGCAGGGAGGUUCUGCUGCCGUCCGGCCACGGCCUUGACACAGGACUGUCGGACUCUAUCCCUAUCCAUGGAAUAUCACACUCUUUAGACGACGUUCAGCCUGUUGAAGACCAAGGAAUCCACAUUCCCGAUCAGACUGUAAUUAAAAAAGGUCCGGUGUCUUUAUCCAAGAACAACAACGUCUCGGCCAUCCCCAUCAACAAGGACGGUCUUUUCGGCGGUGUAGUCAACCCAAACGAGGUGUUCUGCUCAGUGCCGGGUCGCCUGUCCCUGCUCAGCUCCACGUCCAAGUACAAGGUCACGGUGGCCGAGGUGCAGAGACGCCUCUCGCCACCCGAGUGCCUGAACGCAUCACUGCUCGGCGGGGUGCUGAGGAGGGCCAAAUCCAAGAACGGCGGAAGAUCCUUGCGGGAGAAGUUGGAUAAAAUCGGCUUGAAUUUACCUGCAGGCAGACGCAAGGCAGCCAACGUCACCUUGCUGACGUCACUAGUGGAAGGCGAAGCGGUGCAUCUUGCCAGAGAUUUUGGUUAUGUAUGCGAGACGGAGUUUCCAGCCAAGGCAGUAGCUGAAUAUGUAAACCGUCAACACUCCGACCCAAACGAACAAGUCCAAAGAAAAAACAUGCUAUUGGCCACGAAGCAAGUGUGCAAGGAGUUCACGGACCUGUUGUCCCAGGAUCGCUCACCGCUGGGGAACUCACGGCCGCAGCCUAUUCUUGAACCAGGAAUCCAAAGCUGCUUGACCCACUUCAGUCUCAUCUCGCACGGAUUCGGAACCCCUGCCCUGUGCGCGGCCGUCACGGCCCUGCAGAACUAUCUGACCGAGGCGAUCAAAGCCAUGGACAAAAUGUACCUCAACAACAACCCCAACAGUCACUCAGAUAACGGCACUAAAGGCGGAGACAAAGACGAGAAGCACAGAAAGUGACAACCCGUCAAGAGCCCGAAGGCCCAGAAAACAACCCCGGGGCCUUUUUCUCGCCCCAACCAAUAUAAAUAUUAUAAAUACUAUUGAUCCUGACCAUUUUCUUUCCCGCUUUUGGAUUCAUCAAAUGUUAUUAAAAAAGAAUCCAGCCGGACAGGAGCAGCUCCAGGGGGCGAGGACAAGGUGUUUUGCCUCCAGGACUUUUUAUGCUUUUAUUUUUUAACGAGCUGCAACGAAAAACUGACUCAGACCCACUCCACAUCCUCUUCUUCAAAAUCUCGACGAAUUCCUAUCAGUAUUGUGAAUAAUAAACUUGAAAAAAAAAAGCAAACGAGAAAAAUCCACACAGAGAACUCCAUGUCAGACUCUGAACUUCAUUCUUUUUUUUUUUUUUUUAAUUCAAACACGAUUCGCGGUUAUAUAAGGGAAUCAGUGUUCAUGUAUGUAUAUAUUUAUUUAUGUGUAAUUUAAUGGGAAUUGUAAAUAUGGUGCGUCUGUUGAAACUUCUUUUUUAUUUAUCUGGUGCCUCCUGUUUUAGUGGGUUUUGAAUAUUCGGUUAGUUUUUCAUGUGCGUUUAUGGUUCUUAGAAAAACACACCUUUUUUUCGGGGUUUAAUUUCUCUGGGAUAUUUCAAUUCAGCCCUCUUGUAGCAUGUUGAGGCGACAUUGAAGCAAGUGAACAAAGUUACUAGAAAUUAAAAAAAACCUCUCUAUAUCAAACUUUUUUUAAGAAAAAAAAAAAAAAGACAGAGCAUAAAGGUGACACCCUGUUUUGUUUUAUACAAGCUUUUAUGUGUUGUGCCAAUCAGAGUUUUCACCUCCUGUUCUCUCCGCCAUAAAAGCAAUAAAUGGAUUUUUUUUAAAUGUCAGAUUUGGGGGACCACCUGAUUAUCUUGUUAUGUCCAAUAAUGUCCAAAAUUGGAGGCGAUUUUAGCUGUAUUGUAUAGACAUGUGCUGGCAAUAGUUCCCAUGCCUGUCAAUGUAUCAUAUUCCUUUGUUGCCCAGAAAAAAAUAAAUAUUUGAUACGCUUCAUCUGGA